GCACUCGCAGGGAGCUCGCUGGUGGAAGUGAGCCUGGCUGGCACUGGGAGGAAAGGUCAGAAACUCCCAGGAAGAGCUCCCAUUGGGACCGAGCAGGAGGAGGAGGAUGGUAUGGAGUAAGGAUCCACUCUCUUUGGUAGGAGCGGGCAGCAGUGGCAUCGCAAGGGGUUCCUUUGCUGUUCGGUGCAGUGAGGAGGAGGAGGAGGCAGCAGCCGUGUUUUGGUGUCUGGACGCAUGCCCGGGCUUGCAGGGAGGUUGCUGAGCCUCUGCCCCACACCUGGGCUCCACCCGGGCAGCUGCUUGCACCCCACACACUGCACAGGGGGCUCACCCCAGUGCCCCCGGGGCUGGAGAGCUGCGGGGAGAGCCACAAGCUGCUCCGCAUGCCCUUGCACGCUUGUUCACAGGACGUCCAUGCCUGCCCGUGCUCGAGCUCUUCGCUCGCCUUUUCCUCUUGCACAUGGACAUGCCCAGCUGCACGCAGCGCCUCGUGGGCUCCAGCAAACCCGCUUUGCCUCAGGCCUGGCUGCCACGAGCUCCUUCUGCUCCUCACCUGGGUCACUCUGUCCUGGCAAAUCCCUGGGCUGCAACCACCACAUCCUUGCUGCCCUCCACCGUGAGCUUUCAACAACUGUGAGCACCUCUGGGAGAGCUGAAAUAGCCCCGGAGUUUCCCCCCUAAGUGUUUUAUUCCCCACCCGCAUCCUCCGGGCUCUGUCUGAGCAUCCGUUGAGUUUUGAGGUGGGGAUGGAGGUGGUGGGCUCAGCAACCUCCUUGCCAUCAGAGAACAGCCACAGUCCGGGACUCCGGGGGGCUUUUCCAGUACUUCUGGCCCCAAGAUUUCUCGGGAGGGGACAGCCUCGGAAGGCAGCAGGUUUUUCUCUCCAUGCCAGCACUCACAGGCUCCUCUCCUUGCCCUGCUGCCUGCUUUUUCCAGCACUUUGGAAGUGCUUUGUUGUGGGCAAGGGCUCUGCCCGCUGCGCUGGGACUUGGCCCGUGGGCUGAGAAGUGCCGGGCAGGGCGGGUGGCCCUGCGGUCCCCUGGGGCCAGCAGCGGGAUCCCAAAAGCCGCUUUUCCUUAGGCACAACUUUUCCAGCAGCUUCCCAGCCAGGAGAGCUCACAAAGCCACCAGCAUCGGGGCAGGCACCAGGUUCAGCCAAAUCUAGAGCUGCUGCUGCUGCUGCUGGAAGGGACUGGUGCCACCAGCGCCAUCCCCACUGGGGACACUGGUCCAGCCCUGCUGGGGAUGAUUUAGAGCCAGCUGAUGGUAUCUGCUUGGGGUAGGGCCAGCAGCAAAACACCAGAGGGUUUUCUUGCUCUGGCAAUGGCUGAGCUGUGGUAACGGGGACCAAAAGGAACCUCUCCCUAGCCAGGCGUUGGAGCCCUAAGUGACAGCAGGGUGCAGGCAGGUACCCACUUUUAGAGGAGCAGCCCCAGGCCUGGUGCAAGGUGCUGGCCUGGCAGCUUGCCCUGGCCCCAGGGGAUGCUGCAAAGGUGUUGGGGCUUGUUCGGGGCAGCGGAGGCAGACACUAGCCCAGUGCCGCCUCGCUACAGGGCUGCCCUGGCCAUGGGGCUGAGCGAGGGGUCAGUGGAGGGCAAGGGGGAGCCUUCCCGACACCUCCAGUCUGAGAACGGGCCAAACGUGACAGCAGUGGCUGGGUGGAGGGUCCUGGGCAGCCUCCUGCCCUAUACUGGGCUUUGCCCUGGGGGUCACCUAUCAGCAGCCCCCAGCAAGUGCUGGGUGCGGCAUGGAGCCUGGGUUCCAAUGCUGGUAGAAGCGAUGGCCCCCAAACUGGUUUGGCCCGUUUCAAACGCUCCCUCUCAGCUUAUCUGGCUUCAAAGGGCUCCUGCUCCAUCCCACGCACACAAACACGCUCCCUGUGAACCCCCAGGGGAGCCCCCUCUAUCCCAAAAACUGUGCCCCCCUGCCAGCUCUGCCUCCCCUCCACCUUCUUUUGGCAGCCACAAACCCCUCCAUGUUGCACCCAUGGGUGUCCCGUGCUGGGGGGAUUCAAGGGGAUGCAGUGGAAAGGACAUGCUGGACCAUGGCUGCAGUGGUAGGGACCAACAGUGACUUUUUGGAGCAUCAUGAAGGUGCCCAAGACAUGGCUCCGCUGCCCAGGAUGGAGCAGUUGGGACCCCUGGACCCCUCACCAGCAUCUCAGCUGUACUGAGGCUUUUUGUGGAGCUGCCACAAGCCCCAAAAGCACAAACUUGGCUGCAAGGCGAGCGGGUUUUGAGCGCACAUGCAAAACAACGGCAAAGAGACUGGUUGGGUAAGCUCCCGGGGCGGGCCCCGCCACGGCCCCACGCCUGCUGCACUGGCCCCGCCACAGACAGCAUCGCCCACCCUGUGCCGGGGCACCCGGCACCCGUGCAGCACCCGGGGGUGCACCUGCCUGCCUGGGAGGAUGCUGCAGGGCAAUGGCCCGCCGGGGCCACCCAACAAGGUAUGUGCCGGCCGGUCCCCCACCCAUCAGCGUGGCUGUCCCCAGUGUGGGUCCCCUUGGAAAGCUGGUGGUGCCCACCCAGUCGCCAGUCCCCACACAGCGGGUGGAACGGGGCAGCACGGAUGCCAGGUCUGGCAGCUGCCUGCUCCUGGCCAGCUUUGGCCAAGAGGCAUUUUUGGGUUUGCCUCUCCUCGUGCCUCAGUUUCCCCAGCGUGGCUCUUGGCACGUGUGCGCUGUGGCCAGGCUGCGUGGUGCUGUGUUGGCCACUCCCUGCUCCAAGUGCCGAUGGCAUCGACAGCCACCGGCUUCCCUGGGGACCCAGAUUUGGGGACAGGCACCCAGUAGUGCUUAGGGGGUGGGAGAGGAUACUGCGUGCCUGGGAGCUAGGGUCUCCCUGGGAAUGUGGCUCUGUCACCCCACGGAGGGAGGGAUAUGGGUGCCUCCAGGCUGGGAGGUCAGUGACCACUUUAGGGACUCCCAGACCGAGUAUAUUUAACCUGUGUCACCCUGACCAUGGCUGGAUCCCAUCAGGAACCCCUCAGUUUUGCUCCAGAUGUGGAGAGGUGUGUGCCAAUUUGCUGCUUUUUUAGCAUCCCAGCGCAUCCCUGCUCCCACCCAGUGCUUUCCCCUAUUAACGAGCCAUUUUACGAGGGGAUCGCCAGUGGUUUCGGCUUCAAACCUGCACAACCCCCCUCAAGACCCCCCCAGUUUCCAUCUUUAAGCUGCAGGGCAGCAUCAUAGCAGGGGGACAGGGGCUCGGAAGGGAGGCAGAGCCUGGGGGAACGCGGCUGCCAGCAGGCUCGGGGCCGGCUCACGGGGCUGGAGGGGCUGGAGGGGCUCCCGGGGCCAUCCCCAAGCCCCUCUGUGCCUGGCACGGGGACGGCGGGCAAGCACCGGCUUGCACAGGGAGCGAACCGCCCUCCCCGCCUGCUGCCGGGGGGAACCCGUGAUUCAUCCAGGCUCGGAGGGGUGGGAGCGCCCCGCUGAGCUCUGCCAAACUCGGUGCACCCGCCGACGCUCCCUGUGUGGGUGGUGCUGAGGUGGGAGAAGAGGGGGGUCCAUUGGGGUUAUGCCUGGGUGUUGUACCCCCACAGGGUCAGGUGUGACCCAUAAGCAAUGUGUGGGCUCCCACUAAACCCGUGAAAUCCCUUAGACUCCCCACCCCGAGUUGGGGAGGUGGGUCCUAUCCCCCCCCGCAUCAGUCCCCAGGUACGAUGCGAUGGUGGCACCGGAGUUUGCAGCCCACUGGGGUUUGGGGAGGCCAUCGAAGUAGGGACCGUCACCCCAAAACACUUGCCCGCAGCUCUUGCCACUCCGCCCCGGCAUCAGCCGCUGCUCCUGCUGACGGCGGCACAUUCCUUGGGGACAGCCGCCCUUUUCACCCUCCUAAUGAAGCACAAAAGUCGUCCCAGCUUGUCAUAGCUGGGUGUUGUAAGCCCUGGGCCGGCGAAGCCUGUGAUGCUUCCGCCAGGCGGGUUCGGAGCGGUGACGCCAAGCGCUGAGCCAUGGCUUGCUGCGGAACCGCGGCUGCGUUGCCAUGCUCGCCUUCAAAUGGCCAAAGCCAGCACCAGCCGCGGCCGACGCACUGUGCCAGAGCCACCGGGCAAAUGCCCUGUGGCCAGGAGCCGGGGCAGGGCCCCAUGCCCGGCGUGGCUGAGAACGGGCACAACUCUGCGCAGGAGUGGGCAGCGCAGCGAGCGGGGGUGCAGGGACAGCUGCCUGAAGCCGCACUGUAGCCAUCGCAGGAGCCGUUCCCUGCGCUCGGGGUGGGGGGACGCAGUGUCCCCCACCCUGGCUGUGCCGGGGCCAGCCGGGGUGGCUCAGCGGGUGGGGUGAGCCUAAUUAGUACCUGUGCGAUGCAGCGGCUGAGUCACCCCGCGUUCAUCACUGCCGGGCCUGCCGGCGCUGAGCCACCCCCCCCCUUUUUUUUUUUUUUUUUUUUAUUAUUGUUGUUUUUUACUUCCCCGGCUGAUUUGAAAAGCAAAGCAGGGAGGGCCGGCCAGUAAUUACUGCCAAUUAGCCCCGGCUCUGGCCCUUUGGCAGGCUGGCCCCCUCCCCAUGCCGGAGGGCUUUGCUGGCCAUGGUGGUGGGCAGCCUGGGGGGCUGCCUGGGGGUCCAUGGUUCUCCUCAGAGGUGGCUGAGGGGAUCUGGGGCUCUUUAGGGACACUGCCUGGGGCUUGCUGGUGGGGCCACGUGUGGGUUCGGGGCUGGCUGAGGAGCUCGCCUGGGGGUCUCCAGGGAGGCCAUGUGGGGGUCUGGGGCUCUCCUGGGAGGUCGCCUGGCGGUCUUGGGCUCCUUGGAGGGACAGGGUGGGAGUCUGGGGCUCACUGGCAGGGUGAUGUGGGUCUCUGGGGGUCAGUGGGGAGUCCAUGUGGGGGUCUGGGGCUUGCUAGAGGGACAACAUGGGGGUCUGGGGCCCACCGCCGGGGCCAUGGGGGGUGCUCCUGGGCUUUCCAGAUUAGUCACGGGUAAGUCUGGGGCUCACUGGUGGGGCUGGCCUGGGUGUCCAUGGGGGAGGCUGCCCGUGGUGGGGAUCUGCCGGGGGGCCACAAGUAUGACCACCCAGACCCCCCCGGGGCAUCCCCCUCCCUCGCGCCCUCGUCCCCACGAGGUCGCCCCUUGGGUGCCUCCACCCGGGGGCCCGGUGUGCCCCCUCCUUCCCGCCGAGGCGUGGCGGGGCGGGCCGGGCGCCUCCCUACGGCUCGAGGAAGCCGCCGCCGCUCACCUGCGCAGGGCGGCCUCGCUCGCCUUGGCCUCCGCGCCGCCGCCAUGCAGGAGACUAACACCUUCCUGCUGUCCGCCCUGCAGCCCGAGGCCGGCGUCUGCUCGCUGGCCUUGCCCUCGGACCGGCAGCUGGACAGCAGGAGCCGGGAGGCUGCCGAGGCCCAGCGCCUGCGCAGCGCCCGCGUCCAGGAGCAGGUCCGCAUCCGCAUGAUGCUGAGGGGGCAAGCGGCCUCCCGCCCUGAGGCCCCUGACCACGGCGAUGGCACCAGAGGCGGUCAGUACAGCUCUACCUUGCGCUCCUCCUUCAGCUCCCGCUCCCAGACCAAUGGCUUGGACCCCAAAGCCUCGCUGUAUCAGCCGCUGGCCAAGAAGGAUUUUGGCACGCUGAAGGGCAGUGGCUGGUCCUCGCGCUCGGCAGUGGACCUCACCCCACACAAGCGAAUGGCGACCAUCAGCAAUGGGGGCCUGGUGAAGGGUCGGGGCUAUAGCACCAGCUACGCUAUGUCGCAGACCACCAACACCUCGCCACGGCCCAACUCUUUCCAUGAGCGCAGCUACCGGCCCCGGCAGAACUUCGACACCCUCUCGCUGCACUCCCUGCGGCUGGCUGACGCGCCGCUCCAGCCCACUGCCAUUGCAGAUGACCGUUAUAGCGUCAUCUCAGAGCAGCUGGACCCUGUGGGUCACCGUUCCCUCUACAAAAGCCAAGGCAAUGGUGGCUUCACCCGCUCCUACACCUUUGAGAGGCAGAUGAGUGCCGGCUCUGCCACCAAGGCCACCCCCGACUGGCUGGACGGCAGUGAGGUGACCCAGAGCCGCACCAUCCGGGCGCCUGCCAUGCGCACGCUCCAGCGCUUCCAGAGCAACAACCGGUCACGGCUGAGCACCGGCUCCUUCGGCAGCGUCCAGGCAGCCUCGCAGGCAGGCAUCGGGAGCUCCUACAUGGGGAUGGUGGAGCACAGCUCCCGCGCUCCCUCUGUGCGCAGCCUGGCUGAGUCAAGCCACCACCUCCAGGACCAGCGCACCAUGGAGAUGUACAAUGGGCACAGCACGCUGCUCAGCCACCAGUCAGGGGGGUUUGAUGACAUUGACCUGCCCUCCGCAGUGAAAUACCUGAUAGCCAGCGACCCCAACCUGCAGGUCCUGGGCGCUGCCUACCUCCAGCACAAAUGCUACAGCGACAGCAAUGCCAAGAAGCAGGCCCGCAGCCUCCAGGCCAUGCCCAAGCUGGUGAAGCUGUUCAACAGCCCCAACCAGGAGGUGCAGCGCCAUGCCACGGGCGCCAUGCGCAACCUCAUCUAUGACAACACCGAGAACAAGCUGGCGCUGGUGGAGGAGAAUGGCAUCUACGAGCUCAUGCGGACGCUGCGGGAACCCGAUGACGAGCUCCGCAAGAACGUCACAGGGAUCCUGUGGAAUCUCUCCUCCAGUGAUAACCUGAAGGAUCGUCUGGCCCGGGACACUCUGGAGCAGCUCACAGACCUGGUGCUGGUCCCUCUCUCUGGGCUGGGGGGCUCAGGUGUCAUCCAGCAGAACCCCUCGGAGGCGGAGAUCUUCUACAACUCCACGGGCUUCCUCAGGAAUCUCAGCUCUGCCAGCCAGCAGACUCGGCAGAAGAUGCGUGAGUGCCACGGGCUGGUGGACUCCAUGAUCCACUAUGUGAACAGCUCCCUGGAAGUGGGCAAGUCAGAGGACAAGAGCGUGGAGAAUGCUGUCUGCGUCCUGCGCAACCUCUCCUACCGCCUGUACGACGAAAUGCCCCCAUCCUCCCUCCAGCGUCUGGAAGGUCACAGGAGGAACAACAGCAGCAUGGUGACAGGGGAGCUGGUGGGCUGCUUCAGCCCGCAGAGCAAGAAAGCACGAGAGCACUACCUGAAUGCAGACAUUGUCACCUUCACGGAGGUCUCCAAGGACCCCAAGGGCAUGGAGUGGCUCUGGAACCCCCAGAUCGUGGGCAUCUACAACCGGCUGCUGCAGCGCUGUGAGCUCAACAAGCACACAACGGAGGCGGCCUCGGGUGCCCUGCAGAACAUCACUGCUGGGGACCGCAGGUGGGCGGGCGUGCUGAGCCGGCUGGCCCUGGAGCAGGAGCGCAUCCUGAACCCCGUGCUGGACCGCGUUCGCACCGCGGACCACCACCAGCUGCGCUCCCUGACAGGACUCAUCCGCAACCUGUCCCGCCAUGCCCGCAACAAGGACGAGAUGUCAACCAAGGUGGUCAGCCACUUGAUUGAGAAGCUGCCAGGGAGUGUUGGAGACAAGGCACCACCUGCGGAUGUCAUCGUGAACAUCAUUGCGGUCCUCAACAACCUGGUGGUGGAGAGCCCCAUGGCUGCCCGCGACAUUGUCUACUUUGAUGGCCUCAGGAAGCUCUUCUACAUCAAAAAGAGAAGAGACAGCUCGGACAACGAGAAGUCUUCUAGAGCAGCAGCCAGCCUCCUGGGCAACAUGUGGCAAUAUACCAAGCUCCACCGGGACUUCAAGAUGAAGGGGUACCGGAAGGAGGACUUCCUCGGCCUGUGAGGACAAACCCCGGGAGCUGGAUGCCCGGCCCUGACUCUCCCCGCCGGGAUGCUCCUCGCUCGGACCCCCGCUCCAUAGCGUAGUCCCUGCCGCAUCCCUCAUGCCUCCCCCCUCUGCUGGGUCCCCCUUCCCCAAGCUGGGGGACGCUUGUCCUGCCUCCUGCUGCAGCCUGAAACCCAGCCACUGCUUUUGGUUCUGCUGCGGGGCCCCACUGGGACCCUCGUUAGUAGGGGAAUGCCCCACGGCACCCAAGGGUCCUCCAUCCCUGGGGACCCUUCCCGCUCCCAGGGAGCCAGCUGCAAAGCUCAGCUUGUCUUGUGGCUUGGCAGGGGGGUAGGAGCUGCAGGGCUUGGGGGAGUCUCCUGCAAAGCAAUUCUGGGGGGAGCUUCUGGGGGCAGCCGGCCCCAGCUCCCCAGAUUGCGGCACACGAGGGUCUGGGAGGGUGCUGGUGCCGCCACGCUGCAGCGGGGUGUGCAUGGGUUGCACACGCUCUGGCCUGGCUGGGUGGGGACGGGGCUUCGCGUAGCUCGGGGGGGUUAUGGGAGGUCUGAGGUGGCCUCCCAGAUUUUUAUGGGGUGGCACCAUGCCUGUAAGGAGCUGGGAAGCAGCAUCGGCAACGCGAUGCUGAGUCCCCCCUUUGCCAGGGACGGGGGUCUGGCCUUUGGUUGCCGGUGCCCUUGCUGCGAGAAGCCAGGGGAUCUCUGAGCCACGCUGUCCCCAUCCAUCCACCUUGUGGGGACUGUUCCUGUGCAGACGGAGCCACCGCUGCUGCUCCUUGCCGCUGCUCUGCUCAGGGCUGGGCCUGGCCGGUGCUGCAUAAGCAGGAUUUGGGCAGGGCCAGUCGGCUUGUGUUUGCCGGGCGGCGUCUCCCCGCGGGGUGGGGAGAUGCCCUCGGUGCCCGGCGCGGCUGGUGCAGGUGGGGCAGCGGGUCCAAAGCUCUCCCUGCCGAGGUGGCGGCUAGGCCGGGACACGCGGGUGGGCUGUGGGGUGGCUUCGGUCUGCCAGCAGGUUUGGGGUAAGUGGGGAGACCCUGCGCUUGGGGGAGCAUUGCGCGCCCCAUUUGGGAAACGAGGUAGAGUAGGUACAGGGGUGGGAGGGCGAGGGAGACCGGGCAGUGCUGCCGGGAGGGGCCACAUCCAGGGCUGGUGUGGUGACCCUGCACCCAGCGCGGUUCAGGCUGGGGUGUCACGGUGCAUCUGUCUGCCCAGCUAUCCGUGUACAAACUCCUCGAGCCCUGUGUACCCCUGAAAUAAAGGCCUUGAACGAUG